AUCUACAUUACCUGCGGCGCUCGUUGUGCCGAACUGAUGUUUCAGGAAGCGGUGGCGACAAGCAUUGAGGAUAACUUCCAAGGAUUCAAGAGAUUUUAAUGCUUUAAUGGUGUUGAAGCAUCGCGUUUUGAAGGCUACCAGACAUGGAGAACUGGAGCCUUAUUUCACUGUGUGUUUUGCUCGCCCUAACGGCGAGAUGGGCUGUGUCUUUUAACUCUUACUCAGGCGCUGGAAAACCACCAAUGUUUGGGGAUUAUGAAGCGCAGAGGCACUGGCAGGAAGUGACGUACAAUCUCCCCGUGCAGGAAUGGUACUUCAACACUACAGACAAUGACCUGAACUACUGGGGCCUGGAUUAUCCUCCACUCACAGCCUACCACAGUCUCUUAUGUGCUCAUGUUGCAAAGCUGAUUAAUCCUGCAUGGGUGGAGUUGCGCACUUCCAGGGGUUACGAGAGUGCUUCUCAUAAAUUAUUCAUGAGGGCCACAGUUCUCUUCUCAGAUAUACUGAUCUACAUUCCAGCAGUCCUCUUGUACUGCUUCUACCUCAGCGAAGGAUCCUACAGAAGGAAGGCUGCCACGGCUCUGUGCAUCCUACUUUAUCCAGGACUUAUCCUGAUCGACUUUGGUCACUUUCAAUAUAACAGUGUGAGUCUGGGCUUGGCGUUACUGGGUGUAGUGGGACUCGGUUUGGGUCGGGACCUGCUCGGAUCUGUGGCCUUCACCUUGGCUCUCAACUACAAACAGAUGGAACUGUACCAUUCGUUUCCUUUCUUCUGCUACCUGUUAGGCAGGUGUCUUAAACAGGGCAUUCUGGGCAAAGGGCUGCUUCAGUUAGUGAAGAUCUCACUGACUGUGCUGGUGACUUUUGCCCUCUGCUGGUUGCCUUUCCUGUCAGACCCACAGCAGAUCCUGCAGGUUCUGCAUCGCUUGUUCCCAGUUGGCCGCGGUUUAUUCGAGGAUAAAGUAGCUAACACAUGGUGCAGCUUGAACGUCCUGAUAAAGAUCAAGACCCUGCUGUCCAGAGAUACUCAGCUGCUCCUCAGUUUUGCGAUGACUCUCCUAUUCAUUUUGCCUUCGUCAAUUAAAUUGUUGACCAAACCCACCCUAUGGCAAUUUAAAUUGGCUCUGGUGAACUCCUCAUUGGCCUUUUUCCUCUUCUCCUUUCAAGUCCACGAGAAGUCUAUCCUGCUGCCAGCCUUGCCAGUGUGCCUUCUGAUGAAUGAACUUCCACUAAUGGCCAUUUGGUUCCUGGUGGCUUCCACCUUCAGCAUGCUGCCUCUUCUGCUGAAGGAUGGUUUGCUCCUGCCUUACAUGGUGACCUCACUGGCCUUCAUCUACUUCAGUGUGUAUCUUCUCUCAGCUCUUGAAAAAGCCUCAGAGGAGGAGCUCAGACUCGGCCCGUGUCACAAGCUCACCCAGUACUGUCUGUCCAAACACACCCUCAGCCUGAUGAUCAAGUGCACAUUUGGAGUCUCGUUAUGCGUCAUGGCUGGUCUGAGCUUUAUGAGUGUGGCACUGGAUCCUCCAGCUAAACUGCCAGAUUUGUUCCCAGUUCUAGUUUCAGUUUUCUCCUUCUUUCAGUUCCUGGCCUUGCUGCUGUAUUUCAAUUUCAUCCAACUGACCGAGCUGACCAACAAAAAGGUCCAAAAGAAGACAAACUGAAACAGUGGAUCUGUCUGAAAAGGGGGGGAAUUAGGGAGAAUGAUGACAAAGGAAAAGGAAAAUUCCUUGCAUUAGGAUGGAUUGGGCUUAAUUUAGGAAAUUGGAUUUCCUCUUAAUAAACAGCUUGAGGGGAAAAAAGAUCCCCUCUGUUUAAAAUAGUGACUUGGUAAGAAUGGAUGGAAAGUUUUGCCAGAUUACGAAAGAACGAUUAUAAAAACACACAAAGCCUCACUGCAUCAGGAAUCUUUCUUUCUUUAAAACUUCCAUCCUUGGGGGAAAAAAAAAAA